CCUUCUCCCAACUAAAAUCUCAGGCAAAUAAGUCCUCAAACAAACAAAGUUGGUGAUAAUGAAAAUGAAGGAAACAAAAAUGGAGUUGGAGGGUGUGGUGAAGAAAGGCAUGGAGUUGGGGGAGAUGGCAUUCAACAAAGACGGUGGAGUCAUCAACUGGUUCUCCGCUCACAUGGCUGUUGCCACCCGCGCCAUCCGCCAAUGCCUCAAGCUCUCCAUCCCCGUCAUCAAAUCCAAGGUGUGGGAUGCUGAAGCACGAGCUGCAAAGGCCGAGAACGAAGUGCAGAACUCAACCACCAGUUGCAGAGCUCAAAUGCAAAAGUCUGAGUCCGAGGUGCGGGAUGCUGAAGCACGAGCUACAAAGGCCGAGAACGAAGUGCAGAACUCAACCACGAGCUGCAGAGCUCAAAUGCAGAAGUCCGAGGUGCGGGAUGCUGAAGCACGAGCUCCAAAGGACGAGAACGAAGUGCGGGAUGCUGAAGCACGAGCAGCAAAGGUCGAGAACGAAGUGCAAAACUCAACCACGAGCUGCAGAGCUCAAACACGAGCUGCCGAGCUCAAACACGAGCUACCGAGAGCACAAACACAAGCUGCAGAGCUCAAACACUUGCUGCCGAGGUCGAGCACAAAGUGCAGAAAUCAAACACAAGCUGCCAAGGUCAAGCACAAAGUGCAGGGGUCGAGCACAAAGUGCAAGGGUCGAGCACAAAGUGCAGAGCUCAAACAUGAGUUGCCGAGGUCAACCAUGAGCUGCAGAGCUCAAACACUUGCUGCCGAGGUCGAGCACAUAGCGUAGAAAUCAACCACAAGCUGUAGA